GGGGCAGUACUACGUUUGCACGACGCGCUUGAUGUAUUCGUAUUCAUCUGAUUUGCUUGGAUGACUCGCACCGAAUCGUAGCGACGUCACCAUCAGCAGUUCAACGGGCGAACCGAAAGAUGCAGUCCCCAGCCUUGCUCUCCUCCUGUAAUGGAAGAAGCAUCGUCUUCGAUCACCAACCCCCGUCAGCUCCCACAAUACGCGAUCCAUCGAGAGCUAAUCUGAUACUCGAACCCCGCUUCAAAUUCCGCACCUUCCCAUCAUCAAAAUCGAUCUCGCCCUCGCCCCCGUCGACGUCGACUUCUCGUCAUUCGAUCGCGAUAUCUCGAUGCCUUUGGCCGUCCAAAGGACCGGAAUGCCCUCCUUUUGUCAAUUCCACUUCGAGAGUGGGGACUGACGUCUGGCGGCUUCACUGUGGAGUUUCGACGAACACCUUCGAUGCGAGCGAGGGUAGAAGCUUACGAGACUGGAUUGAGCUGGUGGGUGAGGUGAUAUCGACGGCAUUCCCCAUAUGGGUGGCGCUGGGGUGCUUGCUGGGGCUCGUGAAGCCGAGUUGCUACGACUGGGUCAAGCCCAAGUGGACCGUUCUUGGGAUUGCGGUGACCAUGCUUGGCAUGGGUAUGACCCUCAGUUUCGAUGAUCUUCGUGGCGCUUUGGCCAUGCCCAAGGAGUUGAUCUCCGGCUUUGUGCUCCAGUACUCGGUUAUGCCAAUCUCUGGAUUUCUUGUUAGCAAGUUUUUGAAUCUACCUUCACAUUAUGCAGCCGGAUUAAUAUUGGUUGGCUGUUGUCCUGGCGGGACGGCAAGUAAUAUAGUCACUUAUAUUGCACGGGGAAAUGUUGCUCUUUCAGUGUUGAUGACAGCAGCAAGCACUGUAUCAGCUGUGAUAAUGACUCCAUUUCUGACCUCCAAACUUGCUGGACAGUAUGUUGCGGUUGAUGCAGCUGGAUUGCUGCUUUCGACGCUUCAGGUAGUCCUUCUUCCUGUCCUGGCCGGUGCAUUUCUUAACCAGUAUUUCCAGAGUUUGGUUAAGUUAGUUUCCCCCUUGAUGCCACCUAUUGCUGUGGCAACUGUGGCUGUAUUAUGUGGAAAUGCAAUUGCACAGAGCUCUUCGGCAAUACUCAUGUCAGGCCGACAAGUUCUGCUUGCCGCAUCACUUCUUCAUGCAUCUGGAUUUUUCUUUGGCUAUAUACUCUCUAGAGUACUUGGGCUGGAUGUCCCAUCAGCAAAAACUGUCUCGAUCGAGGUGGGAAUGCAGAACUCAGUGCUGGGAGUAGUUCUGGCCACACAACAUUUUGGGAACCCACUGACGGCAGUGCCAUGUGCAGUCUCAAGUGUAUGUCAUUCGAUUUUCGGCAGUGUCUUGGCAGGAAUCUGGAGACGCUCUUCGCCCUCUCAAAAGCUUGAGUAGAAGUGUAUUGCUUUAGCUUCCGAAGACCUUUAUUCUAGACUUUCGGCUUCUCUUCUUCAGUGCUGGGCAUUGAGAUCACAUGUUUGAGAAUUGGGAUGCAGUCAGAUUUACCUCGUCUCGUUAUGGGGAAAAAUAUUUGCAUAGAAGCAUGCUCAUUAGUCAACUAGAACGCCGGAAAAAAAAUGUAUGGGAAGUGCGAACAUCACAAGUUACCCUUUCUGAAGAUUUGCCUUGAGCCAGUUCAAACA